CGCACGCGAUCAACGCGUUGAUUGGUUCCGUCAUCAAAAGUCAUUAGUUUUUUUUUUCUUUGAACAUUGAAUUUCCUAAUUAUUCAGAGCACUUGAGAAUUAAAAGAAAUGUUGAUGCGCCAAUACUAAUCUCUACAUGUAACCUCUACCUAGAAGGAAUGUAACUAUUCCUAAAUAUUCCACUACAGAUAACAUAUCAAAUCGGAAUAAACAUGGCCCGUCAAGCAAUCAGCGCCCAUAACCAUAUUCUGCGAGCGCUCGCCCAGUGGCCUAAAGAUACUCUACGGCCUCAGCUCCAGUUUCAGGAUGUGCUACGCAAAAGAUUCGAGCAGCAGCCUUCCCCUGGCGUGUCCGAGCAGGAUCAGUUAAGACAGGCGAAUGCGCUUUACUCACUACUGGAAAACCGCUAUAAGAAAAAAUAUCCCAUCACAGGUGAUCUGUUACGUCCCAGGAGCCACCCGACAUAUUUUACCGACCUUGUAAAAGAGCUUGAGGAAGCGCCGAGUAGGUCUUUUGCUGAGAGACUUUGGCUAAGGGUAAAGGGACUUGUAAGAUUACAAUAGAUACUAAAAGAAGAAGGACUACGAUUGAUUGACACAUAUGUAUGGGCUUACAUUAUGUGUAAGUUGUAAUAGAGCUAGAUAUGUAAUUCAAUCACCAGUCAAUGUCAGAUGCU